CCAAAUCCCCAGUCGGAGACCGAAGUUACAGGGAAGUAAAACAACUAUUGACAAGAUAAGCAACCCCUCCAUCGUCUGCAUGCUUCACACCUGCCUUGCUUUUGCCUGGCUGACGAAAAAAAAGUCAGAACAGCAAGAGGAGCAAAAUGAUAAAGUUUGCCCUCCUACAAAUGAUCAAACAUCAGUUCCUGUUAUGGAAUCUGUCCAAAGUUCAAAUGUGAAGCCAUUCAACACCAACACCAAUGCAUCGCUGAAAUCACAGAAAUGGCUUCAAAUCAGCAAGAGAUGGAGAGAAAAAUUACAGAAGCUUGUUAACUCUGAUGAAAGUAAAGUAACCAGAGUUGGAAGCCUGAUGUAUGUGAAAGAUGAGGAAUUACGCAUAGCAAAGGGAUGUGAUGGGACAGAGGUCUUUUGGGGCUGAGAGAUGACGGUACUGAAGUUGCAGUCAAGAGAAUGUUAAAUUCAAACUAUCAGGUCCUGAAGAACGAAGAAAAUUUUUUACGGCUUCCAGUGCUCGAUCACCCGUCCAUUGUGCGUUACGUUGACUUUGCAGAGGAUGAGAACUUUGGAUACCUUAUUCUUCAGCUAUGUGAAUACUCCCUGGAAGAGUGGAUUACAAAUGAAGAAAACAUUCUUCCUGAAAAGAAGGGAGAACUUAUGCAUCAGGUUCUCUAUAGUUUAGGGGUGCUUCAUUGUCAGAAACCACAAAUUCUCCACCGGGAUCUCAAACCCCAGAAUGUCUUGAUUGAUGUCAGAGGGAGGGCAAGAUUAUCAGAUUUUGGCAUCAGCCGACAAUUGCCCAAAGGACAAACAACUUUACACACACGCAGUGCAGGAACCAGAUGCUGGAUGGCCAGAGAGACGUUGGAAGAAGAAGAUGCUAACAUACCCUACAAGUGCAGCACUGAUAUACAGGUGGCCGGGAUGUUGAUGUAUUACAUCCUCUCUGGAGGACACCACCCAUUUGGCAGACGCAUCAACUGUGAGAGCAACAUUUACAACGGGACGUACGAUCUGGAACAUGUUAAAGAUGUUGUUGCAAAGGAUCUCAUUGAGAGCAUGAUCAAUGCAGAACCAAAGAAGAGACCUACAGUGGAAGAGUGUUUGGCUCAUCCCUUCUUCUGGUCAAAUGAAAGGAGGGUACGCUACUUGAAAAAGAUUGGUAAUGAAGAGGAGAUUAGGUUGUAUAAACGAGCUUGCCAGAAGCUGCUUGAUGACCUGGACCAACAUGGUGGGGAUAGAUUCUCUGGGUGGAGAAAGAAGGUGCCAUCUGAGUUGGUAGAGAAGGUGGAAGGCAAGAAGAGGACAUACAAUGACGACAUCUUGGGAUUACUGCGCUUCAUACGCAACCUCCAUGAGCAUUAUGCUGAGGAUGCAGCCAGUAUUGAUCUGAUGUCGGUGUUUCCUGAUCUCUUUGGAUGGGUCUACAGUUUUGCCAAAAUCCACGACUGGAAUUCAAGGAUCACCUUAAAACCCUUUUUCAAAAGUGAAGACAAACCCUCUGCUGCUGUAGCAAAGUCAGCAAAUGUUGAAGGAAGUCUCACCGUCCCAGUUCAAGAGUCUGGACUUGAGACUGGAAAGUGAAAUGGAUCAGAAAUGCCAAUAGAGACAAAUCAUGAGUAAUUUUUAGGCAGUUCAAAUGUUGGAUUACAACAUUUGAUCUGGAGGCAGUUCCGCUGGCACCAGUCCACAAAGUCCUGUGUCAGUUCUCUGUACUCUCCGUCGUCCCCAUCUGUGAUGAGGCCGACAAUUGCAGAGUCAUCAGAGAACUUCUGCAGGUGACAGGUGGGUGUGUUGUAUGAGAAGUCUGCAGUAUAGACAAGUUUAUGAGC